AUGGAAACUGAAAUGAAAAUAGUAGCAGGAAACACAGCAGUUCAAGUGUAUCUUCAAGAUACUUAUCUGGAAGAAAAUCUUGUGUACAAAUAUGGCAACAGCGAAGAAACAAUAUUAAAAGUGGAUUCAUCUAUCGAUUUGAACACGUUCAAGUCAUUUCUGUUCAGAAAUGCCACUAAUCUUACUAUAUCUUACACAUCAGAGCUUGACAACUCAACACGAUGGACGCAACUAAAUUCAAUUACGAUCUCCUCAGUAUGUGUUAAAGAUAUUGGGGAUACCAAGUGUCCAGGUGGAACUAAUGGUGCGUCGAUUGCUAUUAAUGGAACAAUUUUCUUAUUUUCUGACUAUUAUCAAGAAAAUGAAACACGAUCUUACCAGAAGAAUUGUGAAUGGAACUAUAUAGCUCCACCAAGCGGCUGGUUAACGGUGCUUAAAGUUUUGGCUUUAGAUAUGUCUGACAAUGAAGUUCUAAAUGUAACUGGAAGUAUUAAUGGUAAUCAGAGUACAAGGGUCUUUGACAGGACUGGUACUGAACCAGUUGGGGUCUAUUAUUACGACAGUGAGCUGCGUAUCAGAUAUGCUAGACAAAGCGCUGUAAAGAGUAGUACUCAAGCGUUCCGAAUUUUACUGACAACUAUGAAACUGGAAAACAAAACGUGCUCGUUAGCUUAUAAUAGCCGUAGUUAUAAUGACCUCAAAGGAAACUUUACCAACAUGAGGACCAAACUUCAGUAUCCAAAAAAUGAAGUAAAAAAAUUUUAUACGGCUACGCCGGUCAUAAACGGACCUGUUUGCAAUGACUGUUGCUAA